UGUACUCAAGAGGGAACCAUCCCAGCAAACCAAUGGGCCAAAUGACUCCUCACCAGCAGCAACAAUACUUGAUGCAACAAAAUAUGAACCAGUACAUGUACAGGGAGACGAUGGAUGAAGACCCUCAGCAGUAUGCCUUCGACCCCGGCCACAAAGGCCAUCUUGGUGAUUCAUAUCGGAGUGGCAAUGAUUUCGAGAGCACUCCUGGGUCUCGGUACUCGGUCAAGAACAUGAGAGACUUGACUCCAGGAGGUCCACAAGGACCCACAAACCAGAAUGAAGAUGAUGAUAACUACGAAUACUCACAUGCCCCAAGUAUUUACUCAUCUAAGCCAUCUAAGAACGAUAAUUUUAAAGUAAUCAUCCGGGUGAGGCCUCCUCUUCCAAGAGAGCAAGACCAGUCGUGACCCUUCAGAAGCUGUCUCCACAUCACUCCAGACAACAAAAGCGUGUCUCUGAUGGAGUACAUGGGCGCCGAGGUCAAUGAGCGAGAGAGGCAACUCGACAUCCAAGAAAACCCUCAACUCUGAGUCUGGCACAACUUCACAUUUGAUUACGUCUAUGAUCCUUCUGCAACUCAGAACUUCUUGUACGACAACACAGCCAAGCCGGCCGUGCUCUCAGUUCUUGAAGGGUACAAUGCAACCAUGCUGGCUUAUGGACAAACUGGAACUGGCAAAACUUACACUAUGGAGGGCUUCAAGUACUCGGGGUGUGACCCUCAAAGAGGAAUCGUACCGAGAAGUAUGGAACAGAUCUUCAAAUACAUUGAAGCUUCGUCAAAUCGCAACUCCACUUUCAUGGUCAGAGCCUCUUAUCUACAGAUUUACAACGAAAUCAUUUCGGAUUUGCUGAAGACUGACCGCACAGCUCUGAACAUCCGAGAAGACAAGAAGAAAGGCAUCUUUGUUGAAGGGCUUUCAGAGUGGGCCGUCCGGUCUCCAAACGAAAUCUAUUCGCUCAUGCAGAAAGGAGCCAUGUCAAGGAAAACUGCCUGGACAAACAAGAACGAUGUGUCUUCAAGGUCUCACGCUGUCUUCAUCAUAAUUGUAGAGCAAAUGAGAACAGUCGACAACUCUAAAGAAAUCAAAGUUGGCAAACUCAACUUAGUCGACCUGGCAGGAUCUGAAAGUGUGAGGAUCACUGGAGCCACUGGAGAACGACUUGAAGAGUCCAAGAAAAUCAACCAGUCGCUGUCCUGACUCGGAAAUGUAAUUGCAGCUUUGACUGAUGUGAAGCCCAGAACCCACAUUCCAUACAGGGACUCCAAACUCACUCGUCUUCUUAAAGACUCUCUCGGUGGAAACUGCAAAACCACAAUGAUGAUGAUGGUUUCUCCUGCUCCAGAAGCAUUCAACGAAACUGCUUCAACGCUCAAGUUCGGAAUGAGAGCCAAGAAAAUUAAGAACGAUGCCAGAGUCAAUGAGGACGUUGACCAGAGAGCCUUGCUUAGGAAGUAUGAAGUCGAACUCAGAAAGCUCAAGCAAGAACUUGAGAAGAAGGGUCAUGGCUGAGGAGACCCCAGUGCGGUCACUCAGCUUGAAGAAGAAAAGAGGAGGGCUGAAGAAGACAAAGAAGCCGCUAUCAACGCUCUUGAAGUCCGCUCCAGAGAAUACAUGCUUGAGAGAGAAGAGAAAAUGAGGCUUGAAGAAAAGAUCAAACUCAUGCACUCGCAAAUGCUGACAGGAGGCAAGAAGAUCGAAGAAACGCCUCAGUUCAGAGUGGCACUUGAGAAAAAGCACAAACAAAUCAGAGAAUAUUAUGACGAAAAGCUGAAGGAAAUCGAGCGAGAAAGAAACCAGAUCGAAGAAGAGAAGACCCAAGUUGACAAAUACAAACAGCUUUUAAUCAAGCAGAGAGACAUCAUGAUUGCAUUGACCAACAGACUCAAUGAACGAGACGAGACCAUCAUACAACUACAGGAAGAAUUAGAUGCAUAUGACAAAAUUCACAGAGAAACAGAAAUGAAUAUUGAGAAUAAAACUGAGAGAGUGCACAACUUGGAAGAAUACAUCAGGGAAAAUGGACUCGAAGUGCCUCAAGGACCAGAAUAUGACACUGAAGAUCCUGAGAGUCAGAACAUGCUAGGUAGAAGAUAUCCACCUUAUCAAUCAGACCAAAUCGGAGAUGAAGACAUGCCUAUGAAACUUAUGAAUGCUGAUGAAAAGAUUGAAGAAUUGAUGCAAAUUGUUGAAGAACAGAAAAUGCACAUGGAAACACUUGAACAAGAAAGAACAGAACUUAUAGACAGUAAAGCAGACUUUAUGAGCGAAAAAAUCAACGAAAUUGUAAAUAGAGAGGUAAACAAAGAACUUGAGCGGAUCAGGAAUAAUCCUGAUUCAAAUUAUUACGAAGAACAACCUGAAGGAGAAGAAGAAGAUGAGUAUGAAGGAGAUGACAAUGAAGCUCAUGUAGAAAGGAGAGAGAUGGAAGAUGAUGAAAAUCACGAAGAUAACCAAAGCCACUUCUCCCAAUAUUCCCAAAAGGAAGAAUAUGGCAACCCAAUGCCAUACAAUUUUAACCCAAAUGCGAACAAAGAAAAUAAUUUUUCUGGGGUUCGCUAUCCAGAAGAUUAUGAAUCAAUGGGAAGUUAUAAACAAAACGCUUCAGAUUCACAUGCAAGCUCAUAUAAAUCAUCAAAUGUAUCAACUCAUGAUAAAGUAUAUGAAAGAAGAUUGCCUCCAAAUGUAGAAGAGAUGUUGAAACAGAAAAGACAGCAGAUGGCAAACAGACUAUCCUAAAUAAUUCAUUAUCAAUCAUUAUUUAAA